AUGUUCAGCAAACAUAUCAGAAACGUUCUUCGGCGAAUGGAUACGCUCACCGAAGAAUAUUUCAUACUCACCUCAUGGAAGUAUCUUCGUCGGAUCCUCCUUAUUUGCAUAGUAUUUGCGCAGUGGUACCUUCUUUGGAAAUUAUGGACAGACCCGCCCUUGCCUGAGAUAUUGGGCGACGUGAAUGGAUUUGCACCGUCUUUUGGCUCUAAACCUACUCUUUUCCAGAAAGAGCCGGACUUUAAUCCGUUGAACGCAAGCGAUUCGCGGUGGUCAGAUUUGCUUCCAGAGUUGGGUGGUGGAUUUGUACGAGUUCCAUCGUGGCAAUCCUUCCCACUACUACCAGCGCCAGUCCGCGCACCGAGCGACGGAACCGAGAGCUACAACGUGGCCGUCUUCCACCAGCUUCAUUGCCUGCACAGCAUUGCUGAGCUCGUGGAAGAGCUUCUCCCAACAACGGCGACAACGACGGAACCAAAGGCGCGGAUUCCCUCGCCCCGACGCAAGCACAUUGAGCACUGUUUUGAAUACCUCCGGCUAUCGCUGCGCUGCUGUGGGGAUACUACGCUAGAGGGCCAGGGCAAGACUGUGACACCACCAGGGAUCGAUGGAUUUGGGAGCGUUCACAUAUGUAGAGAUAUUUCCCGGAUUUCAUCGUGGGCAGAGGAAAAUCGCGCUUCUGACUUGCAGGAGUUGCCAACUUGA